AUGGCUGAUGGCCAGGCACAGCAAAGAUUUCAGGCGGAGAAGUUUCUGGAUAUGUUGUCAAGGACUUUUGUGGACUGUGGGUCCCCCCCUCCCGCAGUGACGAACGCCGACCUGUCCUACACCACCACCACCUACGCCUCCGUGGUCAGCUACACCUGCAGCCUGUUGACAUUUGCCAAAAAGAUCCAGCCCGCGGAGCCCCAGGAGCCCUCUGCGACGACCAUGAGCAAGAGAAGACCCAGCAUCAGCUCCAUCGGCUCGGCACAGUUCAAGGCCGCUGCCAAGAGCGCUAGCACGGCGCAGAAAGAGACCAAAGACGCGGACGUGCUGGCCCUCAAAGUGCGAGCCAUGGUGGACAGCAUUCAGCUAGGGAUCUGCAACGAGACCUGUCUCUUCAUGCACUCCAAGGUCGAAGGUGAGGUGAAAAAUGACCGCUUCCUGGUGCCGGCCGGCCGGCUGGCCAGUGUCCACUUCCUGUCUCUACACGCGGGUGCGUGUCUGUCUCUGCUCGUCCACAGAGGAAUCCUGGCCGGUGGCGGGUCGGAAGAGGUCAAGGCUGAGAUACUCAUCCUUGACCCCAUGACCUUCAAGAUCCACAUUCGGCGGAACCUGUCCAGCGGCUGGUUCAUAGAGAUACCGGACAUAGAAGUGAACGCUGCUCUGGACUCUAUCGUUGUGAGUGUCUGUGUGAUGAUCCGCCGCACGGCCUUCAAGGACGUGGCAGUGAGCAGUCAAGGAGCUGGUUCGUCAACGGGCGACGAGAGCAACGUCAUUGACCUUGACUUUGAGCAGAACAGCACGGAGGAUAAGACAGUCGCCGCAGACGUGGGAACCUCUGUGGACCUGGCACUGCCCAGCACGGAACAGGAAGUUGCAUCCCGCGGAGAGCAGCUGGUCAUCUCAGCCCCGGUCCUGGUCAUCAAGCUAGAGGGAGGCGUCGGUCACCGCACGGUGCCACUUCUCAUAGUUGAGGCUGCCUUCUCCGGCCAAGUUCACAACUGGAGCUCGCAGGCGGCGCCCGAGGCCGGCAACGCGGCGGAUCCGACCCAGUUCCAACCGGGCCAGGAGCUGCAGAUGAACACACAGGCCAAGAGGGCGCUGGUUCAGAAGCAGGAGUCCGUCAUCAAGUCGGCACUGGAGCAGGAGGAGAGACGUCUCUCUUUCCAGAUGUGCAACGACUCGGCCAAGCACGAAGUGUCCAUCAA